UAUGGAGACAGAUUGGGUUUUAUUUGUUUGGAGGAUGUAAAGUACGAGAUCAAUUCAGUCUCCAAGACAGCGGUCUCCUCAGGUUCCUCAUUAAAUAUUGAACUGAUGAAUCAUCUCGCAGAGAAGCCGAUCCUCUGAUCCUGAUCGCCGGCUGAAAUCGAGUACAGCGUGUUCAAUGCGUAGGAUGAGAAUGGGUGUACGGUAAAAUGGUGUAGAGUUUAUCAGAGAGGAGGGAAUCGUGGACGCGUCCCUCCUGAAAUCCACUUCUGUCUUCUCUUUUAUUGGGCUGCUUUGUAAAGCCAGGAAGUGGGCCAAUGUUUUCCUCCCUGUUGAAUUAAAAGGUGAAAUUACAGAGGGAAGAGGAGUGUAGAAGCUAGAUAAACAGCCGUCUUCCUCUCCUUUCCCUCGCACUUUUUGCCGUGCGUAGCGUUUUUUUUUUGUCUGGCUCACAGUCAGCCUUUCUUUUCCUCGGGCUGUAUUGAGCUUUCACAGGCUAAAGAUGCGGUCUCUGCAGAGCGGAUUCAGAUGCUGCCGGAUUGGAUCGAUUCGCCCUUUUGUAUCCGUCGGACGUGGUUAAAUUAGAAAGGCUGGUGUGCGGGAAUAAAGCUUUUUAUUAUACAAAUCUGCAUCGACGUCAAUCAUAACUGUUGAGCUGCCAUGCAGGAAGACGCGACUUCCUGGUGAUUUUGUAAGCAGAGGGUUUUAUUAAUCCACCUGCGAAGCUUUUUCAACCACUUCAUGUAUUGAAAAAUAUUUACGUUGCUUGUGAAGUGUCCAUGGUGUUAUCCUAACAAGAACGAGUCCUGUCUGAGGAGCUGGGGAUGAUUCCUCGGUGCUUUAUGAAGAAUUGUAUAUCGGUGUGGUUCUUGAAAUCACAUUCGAGACCAAAACACGACCGAUCUGAGAUUCUCUUCAGUCUUCCGAGAAAACGUUUAGUAUCCUGAUAACCGAGUCGAUUCAGACAUGUCUUUAGUCGCAGAUUCUUCUUUUUCCUCCACGUGUUAAACUGAGCCAAAGGACCAAGCUGUACUGCUGAGAUGAAGCACUGUGGUACAGUGGAACCUCAGCAUAUGAACCGAAUCGCUAGAGGCGAGUUCCUAAGGUGAAAAUCUGUAUUGAGAAACGAAUUUUCCCAUUAGAAAUAAUGUAAAUGCAGAUAAUCCGUUCCAGCCACCCAAAAAUAUGACCAAUACCAAGCGUAUGUAAACUGUAUGGCUGCUUACAAAGAAGCCAAGCAUUCCAUGUCAAGGCUCCUCACAGGAAGUCGUGCCACCAAGCUUGGGCUAAAAAUUGAACGGACCUGCCCACGCCAAACAAACGCCCGGAAAAUCGCCGAACUCAUGCUGAAGACGGCAUCUCCAAACUAACAUGGCAGUCAGGCUGUGUGAUGUGGCUUCUCUGCUUAGAAGUGGCUCGUGGGCGGCUGAGCCUUGGACCGGGCAGGUAAUUGCUGCCAUGGAAACGCAGCUCUCGAACGGACCGACGUGCAACAACACGAGCAACGGUCCGAACCAGAUGAACAGCUGCUCCUCGCCGGUGGAGUCGAGCGGCAUGGAGGACAGCAAGACCAACCUGAUCGUCAACUACCUGCCCCAGAACAUGACCCAGGAGGAGCUCAAGAGCCUGUUCGGCAGCAUCGGCGAGAUCGAGUCCUGCAAACUCGUACGAGACAAAAUCACAGGGCAGAGUCUGGGCUACGGCUUCGUCAACUACGUGGAUCCAAAAGACGCAGAAAAAGCCAUCAACACUCUGAACGGACUGCGACUGCAAACCAAAACCAUUAAGGUGUCCUACGCCCGUCCAAGUUCGGCCUCCAUCAGAGACGCUAAUCUGUACGUGAGCGGUUUGCCCAAGACCAUGACGCAGAAGGAGCUGGAGCAGCUUUUCUCUCAGUACGGACGCAUCAUCACUUCCCGGAUCCUCGUCGACCAGGUCACAGGCGUGUCUCGAGGUGUGGGUUUUAUCCGUUUCGACCGGCGUGUGGAAGCUGAGGAGGCCAUUAAGGGGCUGAAUGGGCAGAAACCUCCCGGAGCCACCGAGCCCAUUACGGUGAAAUUCGCCAACAACCCGAGUCAGAAAACCAGCCAGGCUCUGCUCUCUCAGCUCUACCAGUCUCCAAACAGGAGAUAUCCAGGACCUCUCGCCCAACAGGCUCAGAGAUUCAGGCUGGACAACCUGCUGAACAUGGCUUACGGAGUGAAGAGUAGGUUUUCUCCCAUGGCCAUCGACGGCGUCACCAGUCUGGGCAUCAACAUUCCCGGUCACGCCGGCACGGGCUGGUGCAUCUUCGUCUACAACCUGGCUCCGGACGCGGACGAGAGCAUCCUGUGGCAGAUGUUCGGGCCGUUCGGCGCCGUGACGAACGUGAAGGUGAUCCGCGACUUCAACACGAACAAGUGCAAAGGCUUCGGCUUCGUCACCAUGACCAACUACGACGAGGCGGCCAUGGCCAUCGCCAGCCUGAACGGCUAUCGCCUGGGAGACCGCGUGCUGCAGGUCUCGUUCAAAACUAACAAAACGCACAAAGCUUAACGCCGAGCGUCUCUCCGAGUUUUGGGAGCAGGCCGUGAAACAUGCUUCAACUUUUCUCAGACAUGUUUGCAAAUCAGUGUUAUAAAGCAAAACUUUUUUUUUUUUUUUUUUUUUUGUUCGUUUUUUUUCUGCUGGCCUUUACAAGGGGAAAAAAAAAAAGAAAAAAAGAAGUGAUUAAUAGCAUGCGUUAGAUGGCGACUGUCCAUCUUUAUUUAAUUUAUUUUUUUUUGGUUUGGUUUCGUUCGAAUGUCUGUUUUUCCUCUCCUUCCUUUCAUCUCGAGCCAUUUUCAACGCGUUUAAUAUGGGAUGACCUUUUGGUAAUGAUCUUUCCAUGUUUAGUUUCUCAUGUUGAGUUCAUUGGCUGCAUCGAUGUUACUGUUUAAAUUGAGGAAACACAAAACCACAAAGACAAAAAAAAUUCUUAAAGCGGUAUACCUUGCCAAAGAGCUGCGAACCUCUUUGAAGUGGGUUUCAAAACGAAAAAAGUGUCUAUUUUUAUAAAAAGAGAAGAAAAAAAAAAUUUGGAGAAACUUUUUACUGGACAUGGAGCAAAAAUAUUUUGACUUUGAGAAACUUAUCUUCAUACGACACCCUGUGAGAUUUUCACACUUUACCAGACAAGUUUGCAAGAGUUAGAAACGAUUUAUUGACGACAAAGAUCAUCUUUCGAGGUCUUUGUGUUCCACAGCUUGCGCUUGGAUUCGAUAUUUUUGAGACGCAGGCCGCCAAAACGCAAAGGUUUUAUUACACACACACACACUAACACACACACAGGUGUGCAUGCAGGAUGAUGGAGGGAAUCUGUAGGUCGCGAGCUUAUUUGGGUGAAUCGGUUCUUCCUCCUUUAAAGAAAACGGGGUGUUUGGGUUCCUCAGUGCUGUACUUAGUAAACGCUUUGUCUUUCGAAACACUGACAAAGGUUUUAGCUGCUUAGAACGAAGGCGAGAACGGGCCGACGAUGCCUGCGAACAGAACGACUGAGAAUGAUGUGUUCGAAGGGAGAAGAUCUCCUGAGUUAAUACCUUACUGUAAAUAAGUACUUUACGUUGAGUAAUAUAUGUAUCGGGUUUUCGUUUUGUUUUGUUUUUUUCCCCCUCCCCCAAACCAAGAGUGUUAUUUUUGUUUGGUUAAUUUUGUUAAAGCUAAUAAUUUGGUUUGCCGAUGAGAGUUGUUUAGUUUGUUUGAUGCUUUAUUCCUGUAUCAGAUUCGUUGGUGGUUUUGUCCGUAGAUAGUCUUGCUUCUGCAAAAUUCUAGGCAUUUUGUUUUUCUUUUUUUUUUUUUUUUUUUGUUUAUCUAUAUAUUAUAAGCAUUAAAUAUUUGUGGUUAAAAAUUGACGAGCCACAGUUUUGAGCAUCCGAUUUAGUUUUUCCGUAUUCAUGUUACACUUAACACGUAAUAUAACCCGUUUUAAAGAAAAGAAAAAAUGGAAAAAUUAAAAAAAAAAAAAGAAAAAAAAGUGUAUAUUGCUUAAUCUUCAUGAGGGGAGCCUGAGCAGGCUUUUUUCUACAACCGUAGCAACACGAUGGCGUGUUUUAUUCUCCACUUAAUGAAGGAAAGAGCCUUUAACAGUGCAGUUCAGGCUCCCCGGAUGUGUGGCAGUGUGCUAUGCAUUACAGUUUUUCUUUUCUUUCUUUCUCUGUUUAUUUGUUUGUUAUUUUCAUUGAUGAACUGUGGCUUUGUGCUGCUCGGGGACAUGGAGAGCUUUUCAGGCCAUGACGGGUUUAUUUUUGCCCCAGCCCCCCCAUGUUCUAUUAUUAUUAUUAUUAUUAUUAUUAUCCCCCCACACUCCUUUCUUUCUUAAAAAGAAAUGGCUCUUAAAAAUUCAGCAGGGGACCAAUCAGCUGCUGGAGUUUAACGGCGAGUUUUGACGGCGAGGCUCGUGGCGUGAAAAGCCUCCGUGUCCCGUCUGUAGUCUCAGUUCUGUAGUGUGUGCGUUAUUUAUUUGGAGUUGUACAGUAUAACCUUAUUCACAGCUGAGUUUUUGGAUUUUUGGGGUAUAUAAUAUAUCUUUUUUUUUUUUUUUGGUUGAGUAUUUAAAACAAACAGUAUUACUGAAGAUGUACAUGUUCUUUUUGCUUUCCCUUUUUCUUUUCUUUUUCUUCCUUUUGUGUUUGGAAUACUUUGUAUUUUUUCAUGUUCGGUACAUCAAUAAAUAAAUUGAAGGGAGCUGUGA